AUGCUAAAACUUGAUGAAAUAUACCAGAUUGGCGGAAGUGAGAGAAUUAAGAGUCUGGAAUCGGAAUUGAUAAAGGAAUUAUCUGAUCUGAAACAUGAUAUUGAAGAGAAUGAAAUGCUCAUGGGAGCCCCACGAGUUGCAAGUUCUGUUGCUUUACCGCGCGACCAUGAGCAAUUCCGACAAGAAAGAAAACAAAUAAUUGAGAGAGGACUCCAGGUAUCCGAAGCACAUCCGUUGACAAUCCAAGCUGAUGUAUUGAAGGAAGAAAUGGAGAAUAGCAAUAAAGAAGAGUAUACACAGAAAAGUCUACCGUUAAUAUUACAUCAGACUCUAGAAUGGCUUCCCAAUACUCAUAAAUAUGAUAUAGUACCUCAUACUCCAAGUCAAGAUGAAGACAGUAAAGAGGAAGACAUCAAAAGGGAUUCGCCGGAUACUAGCCGCAGUUUCUACAGUAGAGGAGACUCUGCCAGAAAGACGCCGUUCGGUGACAAUUUGCUGACGUCCAGGACAUCUAGACCAGGGUCGGCUGCUACGUCUGGGUUUACCGGGCCAAUGUCAGCAUCAGUAAAUUUACUCAGUAUGCACACUGUACCAACUAGUGUCGCUAGCGGUGUACGUGCAGCUGCAGGAGGUGGGCUGGCAUCCAACGAAGCAACACAAGGUAUACCAGAACAUGUGGCAGAUAUGGAAGGCUUUAAACCGUUACUAGAAUUCUUAAUGACUUGCUAUGGAAUCACUAUGGUAUGUCAGUUUACUAAAUUCUUAUGGUUCAGUUACUAUGGUGAUACACAUGGGUCAAAGGAUAGACAUACAGGACUAAAAACCGUGCCUAAUUUUUAUGGUUGUAGUUACAUGUUUCACAAAGAAGGGUUACAGAGAAGAUCCGGUUUGGUCCUGAUCAUGGCAGAAUACAAUGAUGCCUUAGUGAGAGCUAAACGUCUGUCGGUCGUUAAAGAUGAUUUACACUCACAUAAACCGCCGAUUGGUCCAUUGCUAAUAAACCUAAAUGUUACCACACAUUCUGGUUGCUAUUUGGAUAUCAAUCAAAUUGUGACCUCAGCGGAUGAGAUGGAGCUUGUAGCAAAUGUCAAUAGAAAAUUCAGAACAUGUUUUGCCAAACAAGAACAGCAAAGAACCUUUCCUACCUAUGAUAAAAUUGAAAUGGGUCUUGAGACAUGGGGUGCAGAUGGACCUAAUAAAUCACUAAAGAAGGAAUCUAAUUGGCUGCCAUUUAUCAAAAUCAAACCAGAACGUGACCCGUACCAAGAGAAGAUGUUGACCAGACUUAGAAAGAAAAAUAACAUUGACCAGCUGUUGAAAGCUCAGUCCAGAUUUCUAACUGUAAAUGACCCUGUAAAAGUACAAGAGGCGUUAAAGGACCACGCCGUGGCGGUUCGCGACCCACCAACAGCACAGCCAAUAUCAGUGACAUCACAUAGAACAGUUGAUUCGUUAAAUACUACCGCUAUAUGGAGAAAGAUUUAUUUAAAUAGUGAAUUGUAUGAUGGAUCAUCCAAGGCUGAUGACCUAGCCGUGGUAGAUUUUGACGAAAAAGACACUGACAAUGUCAGCUUCAACGGACGUUCAUCACGUGCCGGUAGCGCCCGCAGUAGAAAGCGUAAAGACAGUGACGAAUAUGAUUAUUUUAACGCAAUGCAAAUGUUAGGAUUGGAUGAGGAUGACGACGGCAAUCAAGAUCCUACAAUGGUACAAGGAGGCUAUUUGUCAUUACUCAGUUUAAGACAUCUAAGAAUUAAGGAUUUACAAAGAACUUGUCUGAGUGUUUUGAAUUACUUUCGAUCUCUUGAGCGAACUUUGACUAUCAACGAUGGGGGAUUGUCAUUAGAAAGUAAUCAACAGAAACGAAGUUCUCAGAACCAUCGUGUUGGUGUCUAUGAAGGAAGCCAAGAUGGCGGUGGUGGGCUCGGCUCACAUCAUUAUUUACAUUACACACCAGCUGACUUCAGAGUGAAUGAAGCUGAGUUUAUGGAGUUUUCGGAAAUAGAUAAUCACGAUGACUUCUACACGGUGGAAGAAGGCAGAGUUCAUGUCCAAGAUCAGAAAGGAUACUAUGUCAUUUAUGAUUCCGCACUGCAAGAUAUAAAGGACUUGGAGCGAGAUUUACUUCUGAUAGCGACACACUUCAUAGAGAAAGAUAAAGACCAUCGUGAUGUGGAGAACCUUUCAGGCACAAGGAGAAUGGAUUCAGCAAGAAAACGACAGAGUCAGCCAGCAGGUGAGGUUCGUAUGCCAGCCUAUGGUCACCAACAGGUGGAUAGAUUUGCUGUGUUACUGGAUUUGUGGACAAAUGAAGCAGCAUUCCUGGAAAACAAACGGCAGCUCCUUGACUGCUAUCUGGAAGCCUACCACAAUGUAUUUGAUAAGGAUGAGAAGCGAAAGCUUGCCCAGGUUAUCACUAAUUUGAUGCACAAGAGACCACGUUUUGAUUUUGCUUCAGAUUAUUUUAUCAAGACUUACAGAGCUGAAAGCGUCUGUCUCCGGCUGCACUGCACUCUCAUCAAGUCUAUUUUAGAUAAGCAGAUUGAAGAGCAAAGGGAGUACAUACAUAAAGUCACCAGGGACGGUGACGAAGAAUUCGGUCUUCCACACAAAAUAAUUCCUAAACAGUUAAUCAAUUUAAAUUUAAGCAGACCAGCAUUGAAGAAUGUCUAUAUGUUGGAGUUCCAUCCAUGUUUAGCCAUAGCCAGCAGAUUACCACAUGCAAUAAAUAAAGCCUACUUUGAACUCUACUUCACUCAUAGACCAAAAUCUAUCACGGAAGGUAUUGGUUUAGAAAAGAAACUUUUGGAGGUGUCUCUGAAACAAUGGGAGAAUCUAGACACAAUGGGAAACAGCUAUCAAGAACAAGUGAAAAAAGAUCUCUUUGCGGACAUCUUUUCAGAAGAUCCGUUAUUCGUAUGUGAAGUCGGCAAAUCACUCUUCAUGGCGAAAGAUGAAGGAGGGGGUAGUAGACGUAAUAAGAAAGAAAAACAGGAGGAUUUGCUACAUGUCUUCUGUCGUCUUUUAGACACGAUAACUCUACGACACAGACUCAUAGAUGCGGCCUGGGAAACUGAGAUCCUUACAAAACUCUACAAAAGACAUGCCUUUGACAUGGGUUUUGAAGAGUAUCAUCUAUUUCUACGUUACGUUCCAUUUGAGUUUGCGUCGUUUAAAGAGAAUGCUGAUGCACCACCUCCUGUCUUCAUCACUGCUUUACACGAGGAUGACAGUAAUGUGGACAGAUACGUGCCUUCAAGUUUGUUUCUGGCAGUACAAGAACUAGAUGAGAAACAUGUUGGUAUGUUUACAUUUCGCAAUAGAGAUGGCUUUGUAAAGAUGGUGCAAAGUUCUGGAAUAGACAAUUUACGUCUAGCGCUACAGACACAGAUUGUGCACAAGAAUGCAUUAUUAAGUGCAGUACAACUUGCUAAUGUGUGCUCAUACUUCCAAGAAAAGACUGCCAUUGACACUGCAAAAAGUGGACGUAGAUCGCCCUCAGAUUCCCGAAGUGAGAAGAGUGGUUUGACGGCACUGACAGCAGGUAGUUUACCAGUAAAUGUGAGCGCCAUGACAUCAACGAUCAUGUUUGCGGCUAAGGUCAAGACCGGUAUGGAGAGGCAUAAAAGAUCGCCUGAGUCAUUUGUAUCAAUACAAUUAGAAAAGGUACCAUCCAGAGAUCUCAUGUGUAAUAUGUAUUUGAAUAAAAAACAAGUAAUGGGAACACUGUUGAAGAGUAAUGAAGAAGUUGAGAAAUUGAAACGGGGUCUGAUUGGUGAGUUUUGUCGUCGUUUUCAGCGACGUAUUUCACAGUACUCUUUGCGGAGUCAAAUCAUAGCGUACCUCAACAGUGCACAGGCAUUACUGGACGAGUUCCCAUCCAUCAAACAAACUCACUUCAUAUGUGGACUACCCAAUGAGAAGAAAGAAGACAGUGAUGAUAAGAAGGGCUUAGCUACAGACCCAAGAACUCUGCACAAGCGUCCAAGAAAGGUUAUUUCUAAAGAUGGCACUACGGUUUUGAACAUAUGGUUCUUGCCACAUCACUCUGAAGUCCUCAUCAUGUUUAAGAAAUUAGAUGAUGAUACAUGUAUACAAGCACUGAGAUUAACGCUGCAGAUCAUUGCAGCGCUUCAUGAUAUCUUGAGCUAUUUAAUUGCAUACUCUAAACUAGGCAGCUCAAAUGCAAGACUUGGAAGUAACAGAGCUGAUGGUGUAACUGCAAAUUGGGGCGGUACAGAAGGUAUAUCAGCAGAAUUAAGACAAAUACAGAAACAGAUUGAUAAUUUGGAAAAUCCUACAAACCCUCAACAGGUGGUUGACUUCCUGAUCCUACGUCGCGAUGUGAUGUUUCUAGAGUUUGACACUUCGGUGCGGCAUGCCAUGUGCGAUACGUUUCUUUCUACAGGGAACAUCCAAGCACACCGUAGUGUCGUGGAUAACAUGCACUUCGCGUUGUCUUAUCUGAGCAAUGCUCAAGUACCAUCACUGUAUUCGUUAUAUCUACCAGUACCAGAACCAUAUGAACCAAGGGACUUUGAUGCCCAAGUCUUGGUGCCAUGGAGAGCUUUUCUUGGAAGACGAGGACCAUUCCCACUGCAAUUUUGGGAGUUCCGUAAAAUAGAAUACAGUAUGCAGCUAUGUAUGGCAGGGCUAAAAGAGGUUGAUAGGGACAUUGCUAAUGGUGAGAUCCUUGGUGUGUCGUUACUCAUGGAAGACGUGUUGCAGACAUGCCAGCCAGACGAACUGUUCAACAGCUUGGAGGCAGAGAGUGAUGUUGAGGACAAUGUGGAUCCCUUCAAGGCUUCAAAAGCUGCUAGGUUGGACGAUGAGCGAUCUGAAAGGGAAUCAGUUGUGUCUGCUGUGAUGCAGAAAACUCAGCCUGUGUCCAGAACUAAAGAACCACUUGUUGCCUAUGGAAUGCUGAAAAAAUUCCUGAUAAUGUGGAAAAGACUGGAAGUGUUCAAAUUAGAUUGGGGUAAACGCAAACUUAGUGUAGAAGAAAUAAACACACUGUCUCUUUAUAAACAAUUCCGUAAACAGUAUAAAAUUGAUAUUGCAUAUUAUGUGCUUAAAAACAUUGCAAGGAAAUUUGGAAGGGGUGAUAUGUACGAAGGAUUGAUGAGUGAUGACGAACCCCUCGUAGCACCACAAGGUGCUUCUGAAAUGGAAAUCCGUGCCAAGCAACUAAUCAAACUCCUGGAUAGCUUAGAAAGUCACAUGAUACAUGAAAUGCGAAAGAAGAUUGCCCGGGAACACACACUGGUUGUGUCAGAAAGAGCCAGGGAAGAGGGAAACCUGCCAACAGACUUGUGGAAGAAACCAACAAUUAAUGAAAGAAUGACUAUAGCCAAACCACAUAUUGCUGAAGAUUUCUCAAGACUUCUAAUGUCCGCAGCCAAGGAAGAUGGAGAUGAACUCGUCAUAAAAAGGGAAUCCUUAAACAGUGCCUUAUCACAGCUUGCUAACGUGGUGAUGCAGCGAGAGAAGAGUAACUAUGAAUCCUAUUCCAUGUACUACGAGAAUCUACUGAGACAGAAUCAUCAGUUGCUAUACCAAAGAGAACAGGAAAUAAAGCAACUAAAGGAUGGUGUGAAAAGUGGUAGUGCCUCCGCUUUGGUAGAAGUACAGUGCCAGUUAGCUGACAGGAGUCAUGAACUUAUACUUGAGAUCACUGCACUAAGAGCCAAGAUUGCCGAAAUGAGAGAUGAAGCUCUCACCAAAGAGAGGGAUAUCAGGGAGGAAGUAAAAAUUGAGUAUGAUGGGCUUGUGCAGAAUCUAUUUUUGACAUCGUUUGCUUUGAAAACAAGAUUUGAUGAGUUCAGGAAUCACCUUUACGAUGACAUGUUUAACAGUAUUGGGGAUGUCAGAAGAGAUGCUGUGGAGACAAUGAGUAAAUUAAAACUCAAACCUGGUGGUACUGAAGAGGAGGAUACAUUACAAAGAAAUCUACGUAAGGCUGAAGAACUGAGAGAAAUAAAGCAUGAAAACUUGACGUUGAACAGAUUAGUGCUGAAAAUGAAAACUAUGAACAAAUGGAAAAGGACACAACUAUACGAAUAUUAUGAAAAAGCUUUGUACCAUCUAAGACAAGAAGCUGACAGGUGUAAGAAAGAUUACUUGGAAAUCAAAAUGAUGUCUGAGGAGGAGGUCAUAUUGCUACGACAACAGAUGAUUUCAAUGAAGAAAUCACUGGCAAACUCUGAGAAAGAAAGAGAAGCUAUUCAAAAACUCUUGGACAAAGAGUUCAAGUUGAAGAAAGAGCGAGAACACAAGGCAGAGAGAGAAGCACGUAGUAUUAAACAAUUAGAACACGCAAGAGCAUCUAACUUGGAAAGACUUGUUGAGCAACUCGAAGACAAAGACGUACGUUUGAAAGUGUUAUCAGAAGAACACGAUAAAAAUCAGAAAAUGAAUCAUAUAGUCCAUACCAAAGUGAAAAAAGAUGUGGGUCAGAUGAAGAAGCAACUUGCUCAUGAAAGAGCCUUGAAACUAGAUGCUUUUCAGCGAGUGGAUGAACUACAGACUCAAGUUUAUGACAUUGAAGUUGGGCAAUCAUCUCGGCCCCAUACAGCCGGCACUAUGCGAACAAGGUCUCGUGAAAAAACUUUGAGUCGCCCAAGUACUGGUAUUUGGCCACCACCUGUGGGUAUGCCUCCUAACAGAUCGUUAACACCAGAUCCCUGGCCCAGAGAAGUCAAUGCCGAUAGGUUUAUGCAAAGACCUAAAACUGUGAGUGGACGAUUGCGUACUCGUAUCACCGAGCAGUUGUUGUACAAUGACACACCUGAUCAACACGAGACAAUUAUGCGCUUACAGGAGAUGGAGAGACUACAGAUGCAGGGGCAAAGAUAAAUAAUGGCAACCAAGAGUAUUCAUGAGGAUAAAAUUUCAACCAAGUUACUGCGAGUCCAGUUCGGACCCCAGUCACCUCAGAUCCCAGUGUAAUGGCCACUGCUACCACAUUUUCCAAAUUUGUCCCUCAAAUGAUUUUCAGUAUCAAAAAGUCAAGAUGGAAUUGUUGUUGCCACCAGAUAUUUAAAACAGAAUAUUUUUAUAUAUUUUUUAUUUAUUUCAAAAUUGCUGUUCAAUUGAUAAAAUUGAUGAACUGGAUGGAUGAUGUAUCACUUACUUAUCUAAAUCAUGGAUUGGGCUGAUAGCAUGAUUAUUCUUGAUUGGUUACUAUGCCCUAGCCAAUCAGGAAAGGCAAUACAUUGGUCCAAUCAAAUAACAGCUUAUAUAAUGAAUGCUGCACUAGUUUUUUAGCUUAUGAAUAAUUAAUAUAUAUAUAUGGUCAUUGAUUGCUUUUGGGAAAGAGGGUAUAGUAAAUAAAAGUGCAAUCUCCAAAAUUUGAUGGACACAAAAAAAACCACACUAUCAAGCCAAAUUGUGGUCUGUGUCAAU